CCACUAUUAUCUUGUGAUAUAUGUGAGGGCUGUGCUCUACAAUAGUAAGCUCUAGUAUCAGUUGCAGAUUUCACAAUAUUUACAGUUAUAAUAUAAAAUCAAUUAUGAAAAGGUAUCCAGAUUACAGGUGAAUUGUUGACUUGUGAAACCAUAGUUAAAAAAAAGCUAGGUUUAAGAAUUGGAGCACAUGCUGUGGAUUGGCUAUCAGAAUUUGUUUUAUGUUGGAGGUGUGGCUCUUAAAAGGCAGAUUCAAAGUGAAUUCUCCUCAUUUGGGACACCAGAUCUGCAAGUGUUUUGACACUUCUUUGAAGACUGUCUUUGCACAAAAUUCAUACAACUGCAGAAAAUGUUUUCACAUACUAUAGACCUAAUUCAGCUGUUUCAGCUAUUGGUUCUUAUUUGUUCAACAUUUAUUCUCAUCAAAAUAUUGAACCUGUUUCGCAAGAGAUGGAAGUUGAUCGCAGCAAUGAAACCUUUCCCUGGACCCGUGGCACAUUGGCUAUACGGGCAUGCACUUGAGUUUGCUCAAGAUGGGACAGAUUUAGACAAGACUGUGGUAUGGGCAAAGAACUAUCCACGUGGCCACCAGAUAUGGCUCGGUCCAUUUACAGCAUACUUAGCUAUAUACGAUCCUGACUACGCUAAGGCUUUACUUGCAACUUCAGAACCAAAAGAUGAUGUGGCCUACCGAUUUAUGCUUCCUUGGAUCGGUGAUGGUUUACUAAUAAACAGUGGCCAGAAGUGGUAUCGUCAUCGGCGACUGUUGACACCUGGAUUCCACUAUGAUAUAUUGAAGUCGUACGUACAGGAGAUUGCAGAGGCCACUAAGAUCAUGCUGAACAAAUGGGAGCUGCUCAGCACAAAAGAGAACUCUGUGGAACUCUACCAUCAUAUCAGCCUUAUGACAUUGGAUAGUAUUCUGAAAUGUGCCUUCAGUUUUCACAGCAAUUGUCAACUUGAAAGUAAUAACUCAUACAUCCAAGCUGUCUAUGAACUCGGAUUCCUUGCUAGUGACCGAUUUAAAACGUUCCAGCAUCAUUAUGACCUUGUCUACUACCUCACCCCUAAUGGAAUCAGAUUCCGGAAAGCCUGUGAUCUAGCACACAAACACACAGACAACGUGAUACGCCAGAGGAAGGAGGCACUGAAAAAUGAGAAGGAACUGGAAAGAAUCAAAGAAAAGAAGCAUUGUGACUUCUUGGAUAUUCUUCUGUGUUCAAGGGAUGAAAAUGGAAUGGGAUUAUCGGAUGAAGACCUUCGAGCAGAGGUGGACACAUUCAUGUUUGAAGGCCAUGAUACUACAGCUAGUGGAAUCUCCUGGCUCCUGUACUGUCUGGCUCAACACCCAGAACACCAGCAGAAGUGCAGAGAGGAGAUCCAUGAGCUUCUGGAGGGACAGGAGAAAUUUGAAUGGGAAUUCCUAAGUAAGAUGCCUUACACCACAAUGUGUCUAAAGGAAUCUCUACGGCUUUAUCCCCCUCUACCAGGAGUGUCCAGGAAACUGACCAAGCCACUUGUAUUCCCUGAUGGGAAGCAUGUACCUGAAGGUUGCCUGGUUGCAUUAAGUAUCUACAGCCUCCACAGGAAUCCACGGUUCUGGGAUAAUCCUGAGGUAUUUAACCCAUUGAGGUUUACUCCAGAAAAUUCAGAACACAGGCACCACCAUGCCUACAUACCUUUCUCUGUAGGACCAAGGAACUGCAUUGGUCAACACUUUGCCAUGAAUGAAAUGAAGGUGGCUGUCGCGCUGAUUCUUAAUCGAUUUGAACUGGAAGUUGAUGAAUCAAAGCUACCGAUUAAAACACCGCAGAUAGUCCUCAGAUCCAAAAAUGGAAUGCACUUGAAGAUUAAAAAGCUGGAGAAGUAAAUCUGGAAAGAAUAAUGCAACCCUCCACCAGUUUCCUUCUGCCAGUUGACAAAAAUAAUAGCUAUUCUUAAAGUAGCAACUUCAAGACCAGACAAAUCAGUCUGAAUGUGGUUAAUAAUUUACCUGUAAAACACUAUAGGGUAGAUUUGGACUUUGUGAGAUUGUUUAAAAUGGGUAAUAGAGAAUCGGGAGAGAAAUAAAUGGGCUGCUGAUUUGCUAUCACCCAUUUUAUUAUGAAUUAUUCUCUGGGGACCCCACCACAUUAUCUUUUCUUUUGGAAUCAGGAGGAACGGUUUCUGCUGGCAGCAGGGUUGGUAACCAGAAGGCACAGAUUAAAUAUACUUGGCAAAAAAAACAAGAGAUAAGAAGAGUUUUUUUUAAUUGAAGUGAGUUAUAAUGAUCUGGAAUGUGCUGAAGGAUUAGAGGAAGAAGAACCAAUAAUAACUUUCAAAAAAGAAUUGGAUAUAUACUUAAAAAGGCUAUGGGGGAAGAGCAGAGAAGAGUGGACUAACUGAAUAGUUCUUACAAGGGGCCAGCACAAGCAGAAUGGGCUGAAGGACCCCCUUCUUUGCUGUGAGAUUCUAUGAUUAAAUGAUUUACAUUAUCACACAAAGUCAAAAUCCUUAUGACUUUAAGGGAUAUUAAAAAUAUCAUAUUGGA